AGCGGAACGUGGCACUAAAUCGUCCAGUCUGCCAGAGCUCGGUAGUCGCAGGUGGGAGACCCCGACUUGCUGUGGAUGGGAAUAUGGACGCAAACUAUGAAGCUGGAUCCUGCACGCACACAAAUCUGGACUAUUCGCCCUGGUGGAGGCUCAACCUGACAGAAAGCUAUAAAAUCAGCGCUGUCUUUGUGCUUAACCGGAAAGACUGCUGCAGAGAGCGGCUAUAUGGAGCAGAGAUCUAUCUAGGAGACUCUGACAACUACAAAAAAAACAUUUUGUGAGUAGUUUGGACAGAAUUUGCCACACCAUGAAAUACACUGGCUGUGAAUUGAGGAGAAGUUAUGUGGGUUCAGUAAAUUCUAGGCUGAAAUAGAUGAACUGGUAACGUUGUCCUAUCACUGGUGGAAGGUUAAUUAUAUUGAUAAGCUGAACAAUCUACUAAAUGGUGAGAUUUUAUCUACUCCAGUUCUUCCUCAUUCUGUCCGGGUUAUUCACUAAACUGAAUUGAAAUGUCAAUUCAAACUUUAAUCCAAAACUGGGAAUUCUCUAAACCUGCUCGUUUUGCUUCAUGCUCUCGGUUACUUCAGUCUUAAAUUUGGAAAUUGCUUUGCGUUUACUUAACAUUGCUCGUAAUUUCACUGUUUAGUAAAUGUUCCAAUCCUGCUUCCUGUCGUCGUAAGGUUCUCUUGGUCCUGGGGUGGAAUACAAAACUGGGGGUCAAUGUGUACAAUAUCUUAGCCCCUCCACAGAUCUGACACCAUAGGGUGCUAUUCUGUGAGAUUUUUUUCAAAACCCUCUGGAUUUGUAAUCCUGGCAUGUCAGGGUUAUUAACUGAAAUCCAAAUGGGAAAAUUAAAGUUUAUCUUGGCAUAUUCUCCAACUCUGCUUUACUUAAAAACUGGAUCUUUCUACCAUUUGGAUUUAAUAACACUGCAUUUUUGCCUGUGUUGGAAUUAUAAUUUAAUCAUAGAGGACAAAGCUCUGACUAGUUUAGUUUAUACAAUAUGUUCCUCCAGAAACCAUUUUUGUUUGACAUUCUUCUUUGUCUCCAACAGAUGCGGCAAAAUAACUGCUAGUGACAUUCCCUCAGUGAAAAUUUGCUGUGACGGAAUAGAGGGACAGUAUGUCACCAUUAUAUUGACUGACCGCAAGCAGCAUCUGACUCUGUGCGAGGUUGAG